GCUUCUGCUUUUAUUGUGUUUAAAGAUGGUCAUUUAUGUCCACAGCAUGGACACUUUAUUGUCAGCUAACUCUGUAGGCCACUGAAGCCAUGUUGUAAACAUCAUCCUGGCAUCCUGGCAUGUUUGGGGGAUAGUAAGCAGUUCCUGCACGGUUGUCAUUCACGUUCGUCAGUCAGUUUUCCUCUGACCACCGCAUCAGCCGCAGUGAAGAUCAGUUUACAUACAGGGCUGCCGAGAGCCAGCCCGGGCCCCGGGACAGACGACCUCUCCGGGCCCCUUGUACUUGUCAUGGCUGCUUUGAGCGACUGGGACGAACAAUUCGAAGCUAAGUGGCUGAAAAGAUCAAUUGAGGAAAUCAUUGCUGCACUCGACAAACAUCGCAAAAAUGUCAACAUUUCCCGAGUGACCGGAAGUUCUGUGGCCAUCGCCACAGGAGGGACAGCAGCUGGUCUGGCCAUAGCCGCGCCCUUCACCCUGGGUGUGACCCUGAUUCCAGCCAUUGUCUUGGGCAUCAUCGCCAGCGUGGGCGCGGGUGUGUCUGUCGGUGCUUCUGUUACAGAAUAUUUCCUCAGGAAGCAUAAUGUCAAAGAGGUACAGACGAAAUGGGAUGAAUUCCGACGUGAGUAUAUUGUAAGACACAACCUGGAUGAGGAACAGCUACUAAAUGAGAGUGAAAACGAAAGUACCCAAGGAAACCUUGGCUCCUGUGUGAACACCACUGUGCGUGGGGCAGCCACAGGAAACCUUAACUCCUUUGUGAACACCACUGUGCGCGGGGCAGGCACCAUUGCAAGCGCGGCUGUAAGGGGAGCUAAGUCGGCAGCAACAGCUGUCAGAGUUGUGUCCCCUUUGUUGGCAACCGUCAGCAUCCUGGCGCUGCCUCUGGAUCUUGCCGAUUUAAUAACAGCCGCCCACAGUCUGCACAGAGGCGAACGGUCUCCUGCAUCGGAGUCCCUCGAGAGGAUCAUAACCUUCCUUGAUAAGGUCAUCAAGGGUGAGUUGCAGUGAACAGGCUGUCGGCAUUGUGCAGAAACUUUCAUCCAUUACUUGGCCUCGUAAUAUCAGGCUACUGUACAAACAUCAUGUCUGAAACCCAUAUUCUUUAGUGCAAGUGAGGGCGGCCAGUCCUAAAGGGAGCGAGCGCCAGGAAAGGGCGUAUCUGAACAUUAGCGGCGAUGAAUUCACAUCGAGGCUGCAACGCAUUUACAGGCCAGAAGGAGACUGGUCUCUAUUGGGAGAAGAAUCUCAGCUGUUCUGUGUCUAUGAAAGGCGGACACGUUUGAGAAUAUAGAACUGCCAGGGGCCAGGCAUGUAACAAAUGCAGAACAAUUCCUGAAUAUGGUUGUAGGUAGUGGUGCCCUCUUUUGUGCUGGAGUUGUAAAGUCCAUGCUGCUCCAAUUACAUAAAAAAAUCGCAACUGUAAGUGUAAGGUCGCCUUUCCUAUAAUUUUAUUAUUUCCCCUCCCUCUAGGAAUAAAAUGUGGACGAUGUGGACGUAAAGAGCUCACCAAUACUUUAGUUUUUUUGUGAAAUCCCCAAAAUGCAUUUUUGUUGACACUAACAUUAACAUGAAUAGGACUACUUAAAUUUAACCCCUAUUUAGCAAUAAAUCAUUCAAAAAUAAAUCAGAACACUUAGUGUUCCUUCUUCGAAAGCUCAAAUAAUUCUUUGCUGGGGCUGGAUUAAAUCAGCAAAUUAGUGUUAACUUCAUGAUUUUAAAAUUUGGUUCACUUAACCUAACUUUACUCAAAUGGGGUAGGUAAACAAAAUAGGUAAAAGAAAAUUGAUCAUAUUAGAGAAAGGAAAUAUCCCAAAGCAAAAAAACCCCCAAAAAACAAACAAACAAACAAACAAACAAACAAACAACAUCAACAACAACAAAACAAAACAAAAACAAAAAACAAGCAAUAAUGACAGUCCCGAGUUUAGAACACUUCACUUAUCAAACUAAAGCCGCUGUUUGCAACCACUAGGCUACAGAAGCGUAGCUCACGAAGUCCUCUAAUCAAACCUACUUGAAGUUAUCAUCGUCCGUGUUGUGUUCGGUCCUCAUUUAUUUUACCUGUUACCAGUUGCAGGCCUUGAGUUAUUUGCUUGUCGCAAUUCACUUUAUGCCUCCCUUCCUAGUGUUUAAAAGUUGUUGAAUUAACCCCAGAACAAGUUUCAUGGCUGGCAAAAGAGUGAAGUGGAGGUUUUUACUCAGUGUGGUCGGCUCAGCUCGCUGACGUCACGCUUCCGAAGGUUCCCGAAGUUUUUCCCUUCACUGCGACCUUUGCGAAAAAUAAAUCAGCGCCCCGGGGCUUGUUCGCUCUCGGCGGCCAUUGAAUACAUUAAACUAAUUGUGACCAUGAAAGAACCUAAUCUCGAAGCAUUGCUACAGCGAGAAUGUAACUAUUGAAAACUACUCAUUCAGUGGAAAUGUUACUCUAAAGGAAUUUGUCAGGAAUAUCUCAUUACUUCAUUUUUUUUUCUUGUUCUCGCUCCAUGAAUACGGUCAGAGAUUGUACAGUUAGGUUAGUACCCAAAGUAUUAGAAUCUUUUGACUGAUACGAUAAUGAAGGAAAAUUUUAAGAUGAAACCUGGCCAAAACUGUAAAGUGAAAAAACGCAAAAUACCCGUUCAGCAAUUGUGAAAUCCUACAGCUUGAAAUAAAAAUGUUUCUUGAGUAUAAA